GAAAGCUGGGUGGGCCAAAGGGUAGGCCGGUCUCUUCCUCUCCACGCGGUGGACGAGAUCGGUCGCCUUACACAGCUUGUGCUGAAUGAUGCCGGGGAAACUCCUCAGUGACGUGAAUUUGGAAUCAGACACCGCCAUGGGAAAAGUGGAGAUAUCGCGAAAAGAGAAGAAAGUUAAAAAAGAGAAGCCAAAAUCUGGUAAGACUGAAGAGGCAGCAGAAGAAAAGCAAGAAGUUGUUUCCCCCAAAGCUAAAAAAGUUAAAAAGAAAGCAGAACCUUCUGAAGUUGACGUGAAUUCUCCUACAUCCAAAAAGUCAAAAAAGAAAGAGGAGACAUCUCAAAAUGACAUUAUUUCUCCUAAAACCAAAAGUGUAAAAAAACCAAAGGAGCCCAUUGAAAAGAAAGUUGUUUCUCCUAAAACCAAAAAAGCAGUAAAAAAUGAGGAGCCUUCUGAAGAAGAAAUAGGUGCUCCUAAACCCAAAAAGAUGAAGAAAGAAAAGGAAAUGAAUGGAGAAAUUGGAGAGAAGAGCCCCAAACUGAAGAAUGGAUUCUCUCAUUCUGGACCUGACUCUAACUCCAACGAAAUUGCCAGUGAAGAAAGUAACAGUGAGUUAGAGCAGGAAAUACCUGUGGAACAAAAAGAAGGCGCUUUCUCCAAUUUUCCCAUAUCUGAAGGGACUAUUAAACUUCUCAAAGCCCGUGGGGUGACCUUCCUGUUUCCUAUACAAGCAAAGACAUUUCACCAUGUCUAUAGUGGAAAAGAUUUAAUUGCACAGGCACGGACAGGAACUGGGAAGACUUUCUCCUUUGCCAUCCCUUUGAUUGAGAAACUUCUGGGAGAACUGCAAGACCGAAAGAGAGGCCGUGCCCCUCAGGUACUGGUUCUUGCACCUACAAGGGAGUUAGCAAAUCAAGUAAGCAAAGAUUUCAGCGACAUCACAAAAAAAUUGGCAGUGGCUUGUUUUUAUGGUGGAACUCCCUAUGGAGGUCAAAUCGAACGCAUGCGGAAUGGGAUUGACAUCUUGGUUGGGACACCAGGCCGUAUCAAAGACCAUCUGCAGAAUGGCAAGCUGGAUCUCACCAAACUUAAACAUGUUGUCCUGGAUGAAGUUGACCAGAUGUUGGAUAUGGGGUUUGCUGAUCAAGUGGAAGAGAUUUUAAGUGUGGCAUACAAGAAAGAUUCAGAAGAUAAUCCCCAAACAUUGCUUUUUUCUGCAACUUGUCCUCAUUGGGUUUUUAAUGUUGCUAAGAAGUACAUGAAGUCUACAUAUGAACAGGUGGACUUAAUUGGUAAAAAGACUCAGAAAACGGCAAUAACUGUGGAGCAUCUGGCUAUCAAGUGCCACUGGACUCAAAGAGCAGCAGUUAUUGGGGAUGUGAUCCGAGUGUAUAGUGGUUUUCAUGGGCGUACUAUCAUCUUCUGUGAAACAAAGAAAGAAGCCCAGGAGCUGUCACAGAAUGUGUCCAUAAAGCAGGAUGCCCAGUCAUUACAUGGAGAUAUUCCACAGAAGCAAAGGGAAAUCACACUGAAAGGUUUUAGAAAUGGUGAUUUUGGAGUAUUGGUUGCAACCAAUGUUGCUGCACGUGGGUUAGACAUCCCUGAGGUUGAUCUGGUUAUACAGAGUUCUCCACCAAAGGAUGUGGAGUCCUACAUUCAUCGUUCUGGGCGAACGGGUAGAGCUGGAAGGACAGGGAUUUGCAUCUGCUUUUAUCAGCACAAGGAAGAAUAUCAGUUAGCACAAGUGGAGCAAAAAGCGGGAAUUAAAUUUAAACGAAUAGGUGUUCCUUCUGCAACAGAAAUAAUAAAAGCUUCCAGCAAAGAUGCCAUCAGGCUUUUGGAUUCUGUGCCUCCCACUGCCAUUAGUCACUUUAAGCAGUCAGCUGAGAAGCUGAUAGAGGAGAAGGGCGCUGUGGAAGCCCUGGCAGCAGCGCUGGCCCACAUUUCAGGUGCCACAUCAGUAGACCAGCGCUCUUUGAUCAACUCAGAUGCGGGCUUUGUGACCAUGAUCUUACAGUGCUCAAUUGAAAUGCCAAACAUUAGUUAUGCUUGGAAAGAACUUAAAGAGCAGCUGGGUGAGGAUAUUGAUUCCAAAGUGAAGGGAAUGGUCUUUCUCAAAGGAAAGCAGGGUGUUUGUUUUGAUGUCCCUACUGCAGCAGUAACAGAAAUACAGGAAAAAUGGCAUGAUUCACGGCGCUGGCAGCUCUCUGUGGCCACGGAGCAGCCAGACCUAGAAGGACCACGGGAAGGAUACCGAAGCUACAGAGGACAGCGGGAAGGCAAUCGAGGCUUUAGGGGACAGCGAGAAGGAAACAGAGGUUUCAGGGGACAAAGGGAAGGAAAUAGAAACUUCAGAGGACAGCGAUCAGGAGGUGGCAGAAGUAACAGAUUUCAAAACAACAAAGGCCAGAAACGGAGUUUUAGUAAAGCAUUUGGUCAGUAAUUUGAAGUAGAGGAUUUAUAUGGCAAAACAGAACUGUGUUUGGCAACAUUGAACUGAACUUUCUUUUUCAUACAAAGUUAAAAGCACAUUGUGUUUCCUUCCUGACCACUUGCCCAGGCCCGCAUCUUUUCCAGAGAGAUAAGCUUCAUUUAAAUUAUUUCAUCUGAUGAUUGUCAUUUAUAACUUUAUUGCUACUUCUAUAUUGGGUUUUCUUUUUGAAAAGGUGUAUGAAUUCAUUACAUUUUUCUUCUAAUGCAUUGUCUAUAGAUGGUAAGGUAAAAUCAAGCAUGCAUCGGAAGCUGUCUAUACUCUUUAAGUUGAUCUGUCUUCAUAUUUAAAGUUUUAUUUUAAUAGCGUUCUUUCUUAAGUACCUAUGGGGACAUGCAACAGUCUCUGGAGAAACACUUUGAGUAGUCAGGUUUUGUUCUGUAAUUGGCAUUCCUCAGCCACCUGCCUAAUCAUUACUCAUGUGGCCCUGUAACAUGUCUUCUGAGAAUUAAUACUGAGCAGUGUUUUGAAGCAAGAUUUCAAACUUAGCUGGGAUGUAAUAAAGUUUAUGCCAGCAUGUGCUCUUGAUUUGGAGGAUGAUGAUACAUUUGAUAGGAGACAUUAUGUAAAUUAGCCAUUGUUAUGUGCAUUUUGAUACAUUUUUAGCUUCUCAAUAUAAGGUGGUUUAUGCUGCAGUGAAUGCAUUACAGAUUUUAUAUAUCCAUAUGUCUACAUAUAUAACAAAGUAUUUUAAUAGAGAGCAAGUGUCUUUAAGGAAUUUCAAAUUUAUAAGAUGGUCCCACAACUUUCUUCAUAAGUAAGGCUUGGGUAAAUAGGGCUUGAUGAUAAUGUACUCUUCUUCCUAUUGGAAGAUUAACAUUAUUUACCAAGAAGGAAUUAAGGGAGUGGGGGCAGAGAUUUUUUCAUUGCUGGAGAGUCCAAAUACCAACUGAAAAUAUUUUUACAUGUAAGAAGGAAACAAUAUCUGUUGAAAACAAAGAGAAACAAGAUGCAUGAUAAAGUAUUCUUUUAAUGAUGAAAACUUAGUAAGUCAUUAAUGUUUCUGAGGUUAACUUCUAACGGGAACACUGGAGUUUUUAGGUAGAAUGAUCCAGUUUAGUUUCUUAGGGGCCUCGUUUUUAUAGCUGCGAUAUAGGACAUUGUUUUCUAUUAGACUGCUACUCCAUUGAAAGGUUUUAGCUGCUUAGUCUUUUUUAAGGAAAAACUAUAUGGUUAUUUUUAGUCGUUGCUUUGAGGGAACUGAGGAACUUAAUAUAUCCCCUGGCCAGAUAACUCUGAGUUCUCAGAUAUUCUCUGGGAAACUUUCUGCAUGGUGCAAGAACUUAAGAGUGGCAUUGUCUUCUUGCCUUAAUUCCUAGAAAUUCUGUACUGAGACUCUCAGGGAAUAAGCUAUGGUGGGAGGAAUUAAACUCCAUGGCUUGUCUUGUUUUCAUUUAAUUAUUUUGAAUAACAAGUAUUUCUAGGCCCCGGUUUCUCUCACUUAGUCUAUAUCUGACUGCCUCUUGAUCACCUGGCAAUAAAGGGCUCAGAGAGCCAAUGCUGAGGCAGUUUCCUCUUUCUAUUUGCCCCUCAGUUCUAUUUUUUAAUCCUGAUUGGAUAUUUCUCUGUUCUCAGAAAUCCUCUUGCUUUAAUUCCUUGAUCCACUUGUCAAUUUUAUCACUUUUCUUCCUAUUCCUCAUGUCUUCCCAUCAGGCCUCAGGGAUUUAGGGGAAGUUGUUUGAUGAUAGACAACUCAUGUACCUUGUGUAUUACAAUUUUAUUAGAUUCUAAUUUUGCUCAAAUACUGAGCGUACUUCAGUAACAACCAAAACAUUUCAUAGUUUGGAUAGGAAUGAGUACCUUAUCAAGCAGUUCAAAAGGACACAGUACCUGUCCUUUAGAAAGGAACAGCUAAAACCUUGAUGUGGAGUAGCCUAAAGAAAAAUAAUUAAGCAUAAAUCAAGAGCAAAGGGGAAGAUUGUGGGAUAUUUUCCUUUAAGCAACUUAAUUUUAAGGAAAACAUGACUAUUUCAAUAAAUGAAGCUAAAGUUCUUCCUGGAUCCCAGACCUCAAACCAUAUUUAUAAAUGUAUAAUUCAGCUACUGCUUUGUUUAAAUGGGCUUGUUGGGCUAGCCUGGGAAAUGUUAUCAUUUUUACUAUUUUCUACAGAGAAAAUAUUUUUCAAUUUAUAUAUCAAACAACUCACUGAACUUUUGAAAUAUAACACUUUUUUAUGUUGGAGUAUCUGUGCAGCGGUUUCUUUACAAUUGUACAUAAAAUGUUUUUACUAUAAAAUUGAGUUAAUGUAUAAAAUACUGCUUUAUGCCAUAAUAAAGUUAUUAGUAUUACUA